UAGUGGAAAUGUGGAAUGUACUUAGCAUAUGCAUGUGAUAUUAAACAUGAAAAAAACAUAGUCAAGCCUUGGGAGAAAUGGAAGAGAAUUCAGAUGAAAUGGAGAAGAUGAAAGAGCCUUUGUUAGACUCCAAACAGGACUCAUCAAAGGGCGGCUUUAGAACCUUGCCAUACAUUAUAGCAAAUGAAGCAUCAGAAAGACUAGCAAGUCAUGGGUUGACAGCGAACAUGAUAGUGUACAUGAGGGAUGAGUAUAAAUUGGAGAUGAUCACCGGAAAUAAUAUUCUCAAUUCGUGGAUUGCCGCCUCUAAUUUCUUGCCCGUGGUGGGAGCUUUUCUUUCUGAUGCUUUUGUCGGUCGCUAUCCCAUGAUCGGAUUCGGAUCCAUCCUUUUCUUGCUGGGGUUAAUAAUGUUAUGGUCAACAACCAUGAUACCACAGGCAAGGCCUUCUACUUGCAUCGAGUCUAGCAGCAGCUGCAGCUCCUCUACAGCUUUCCAAGUCUUUUACUUGUGUUGUUCCAUUGGAAUUAUGUCCAUUGGUUGUGGAGGAAUCAGAGCAUCCACUUUGGCCUUUGGCGCGGAUCAACUGAUAGUAAGAGACAGCUCCAAAAGUUCAUUUCCUCUCGAGAGAUACUUUGGAUGGUAUUAUGCAUCUACUAGCAUUUCCGUUUUGAUUGCCAUGUCUUGUAUUGUAUAUAUACAAGAUCACUUGGGGUGGAAAAUUGGUGUCGGGGUUCUCGUAAUGCUCAUGUUGGCAACAGUUCUUUCAUUCUUCUUGGCUUCUCCCUUCUACAUCAAGUUGAAAUCUAAAGCAAACUUCCUAACAAGUUUUGCUCAAGUAAUUGUUGCAACAUAUAAAAAUCGAAACGCCUCUGUAUCAUCAGAAGGCACAAGCAUGACGUACCAUCACAAGAAGGGAUCUGUACUUCUUGUUCCAAGUGAUAAGCUAAGGUUUUUAAAUAAAGCUUGCACAAUCAGGCAUCCUGGGCAGUAUUCAAGUGCUAAUGAUAUUAAUCUAGACUCGUGGAACGUGUGUACAGUAGAUCAAGUGGAGGACUUAAAAGCAGUAAUAAAAGUGAUCCCGCUGUGGUCUACGGGAGCUAUAAUGUCUGUAAAUGUAAAUCAACCCUCGUUUCCAGUAAUUCAAGCAAGGUCCAUGGAUCGACACAUAACUUCAUGGUUUGAAAUUCCAGCAGGAUCUUUUGGUAUGUUUAUGACACUAGCUUUUAUACUAUGGGUUUUUGCUUAUGACCGCUUAAUUCUUCCCCUGGCAUCAUGGAUCAUGAGGAAGCCAGUCUGUUUAAGCCCGAAGCAAAGAAUGGGAAUUGGAAUUUUUUUGUCAAUAUUCCCCGCAGCAAUAAUGGCAAUAAUAGAAUGUUUCCGGAGAGCAAUGGCUAUAAAAGAAGGAUUAUCAGGUGACACGGAUGCUGUAGUUAAAAUGUCAGCAAUGUGGCUAUUACUUCCCAACUGCUUGAAUGGCAUUGCAGAGGCUCUUAAUAUAAUUGCACAAAAUGAAUUCUUCUUCUCAGAGUUCCCUAGAAGCAUGUCCUGCAUAGCAUUGACACUGCGAGGACUUGGCAUGUCGGCUGGAAGUUUGUUAGCAACUUUCAUAAUAUCUUCUGUUGAUAAAGUUUCAGCAAGUGGCGGCAGUAUGAGUUGGGUGCCCAGCAAUAUCAACGAAGGUCACUAUGAUUACUAUUACUGGGUGCUCUGUGGUAUAAGCGCAGUUAAUUUCAUGUAUUUUCUUUUGUGUAGUUGGGCUUAUGGUCCGGAAGCUGAAAGAGGUAAGGUUAAUGUCAUUGAACAGCUUGUUGAUUAGAAGAUCAUGAACUUGCUUGCAUUCACUUGAUUAAAUAUUUAAAUCCUUGCUGACAAUGCAAGGAAAAUGAAAUCCUUGCUCUGUGCAUUGUGUACAAUGACUUGUAUAGGCAAGUGGAACUCAGAGUCUCAAUUUUUAGCAAAAAAAGAACCUCAGAGUCUCAAACUGUCUGAAUAGAGUUGAUAAGAUUGAGGUAACCAGGCAGAAUUAUUUCGCUCAGUUAAACCUGAUGGGGAAGAAGCAAAUCGUAUUAUUGGAUGGAGAGAUUGCAUAUAAUAUUUUAUAUUUUAUU